UGUCAUGUCAGUGCAUCGCAGAAAAGAAGCAAAAAUCCCUCGCCAGAAAAGCAUUCAUUCUCCAUCUUAAGUUUUCUUGCGCGGUGUAUCGGGACAGUGAAGUGCAAGUGCAGAUAAACCCUCGAAAAUCUGCCCAUUCGGAUCGGUAUCGGUGCGUGGUCGCUUUAUCAGUGUCCGGGGAUUCGCGAUCCGGUGUUUUCCAAGUGCAAUCGUGCUGUUCCGCGACAGGGUGAAAGAAAAUUGCGGGCGCCAAAAAUCGCCUCCUAGAAGAGUGUUAUUUUUUUGUGUGUGCGGGAUCAAGGAAGGGAAGAAGCGAAAAACAAGCUCCCAGUACGAAAAGUGGAAGGAAAAGUCAGAUUUUCUCGCGGCGCUGCCCUGGAUUAGUGGAGGAGCUGGUUUGAGUUUCCGGGGAAGAAUCGGUGGCUGCCAAGCAUAACUGACUACGGAUUGCCGACAUCAGGAUAUUUUCGUGUGGAAUGCCCAGGAAAAUCACUUCGUUCUGGAUGUCGAAUCAAAAUGGCCACAGCCGUCGAAGAACCUGAUCUGUUUAACGGGCUGGAGAUCACAGAAAUGGACGAGAUGAACUUGGAGAGUAGCGACGAGUACGUUUUCAUUCCGUCGGACAAUGAAAACGACGACGAUAAUGGGUCCGGCACACAUGCUUCUGUAAUCAGUCAAUCGGUAAUUCAGCCCAGAAAUGCUUCUGAACCGUUGGAGACGAUGGUGUGCGAGAUAGCGGAAACCAUCGGACCGACUGCAAGCGUUGAACGAAUGGAUACCGCAGGCGACCAGCUGUUGGCACAGAUCGAUUUGGGGAAAGAGUUGAUGAAAAGUAUUGGCGAUGCGCACGUCAUGGAUGGAGAAAUACGGAUAGUGAAGAGGAUAGAUCUCACCGCAGAGGACGAUACUUUGAAACAGCAAGAAGAUCAGAGGUUUACUGUGAGCUACGAUUUCAACCUGGAUAUGCAACAAUUGCUCAGCAUUCAACAGGCAGAAGACUUUUCUCCGGAUAUAGCUAUCAAGGAAGAAAUCGAAAUAGAAGAAGCCGUGGUCAAUCUGCCAGAUGAUGAGGAGGCUGGUUCCUCCACAGAGCAGAUGGACCUGAUUCAUCACGAUGAGCAUAAUCUUGGUAGCGAAGUUAUAACACUAGACUCGGAUGCCGCCGAAAGUGAAAACGAAGAAGACAACGUUCUGUUAACAUUGUUAGAGCAAAGUCCACUGCCCAUCAAAGAAGAACGUCCGGACGAUGACAAAACUUCCGUGGAAAAUGAUCACGCUUAUAGCUCACAGACAGAGCAAAAUGCAACAAACGUUGGAAAACCGGAUGACACAAUGCAAAGUUUCAUGGACAUUUCUCAAAAACUUCUCAAAGAAACUGACGAUUGCAUAGCCGAUAAAGAUCAAACAUUGAAGAGCAUAGCUGAUAUCGAGGAGCAACUGAAACAGCUUAAGGAAAAGCUUCUAGCAAAAGAAAAGCCUGUCGAACAAGAGAACGACAAUCAUGAAAUGGCUGAAGAAGAGGUACCUCCUCCAACAGAACCUGAUAAUGAAGUGACUAUCCCUACCGAAGCUCCUUCUCGCAAAGAGUCAACGGAAACGGAUGCACUUUCAUUGGAACUAUCAGAAAACUGCUCCGAACGUCUGGAGUGUAACUCUGUCAGUGACCUAGCCGGGUCAACUAACUCGGAAACGAGUGACAAAGGGAACGACAUUCCAAGUUCGGAACAACCGGUGGUAGAGGUCACUUCUGCUGAAGCGGUGGAGAAACAAUUGGAAGACAAUGUCACGGAAGCCGUGCCCAAUGAAUUAUCACCGAAUGAUGCAGAACCAUUGGAACAAGUUGAUCAAAGGGAUACAGACGAUUUAUCUAACAAUUUGUCACCAAAUGCGUCGGAACCUAUGGAGCAUGAAGCUCCAAUGGGUACCGAAGAGGAGCCUUGUCUUCAACAGACAGAUCAAGAACAAGAAACUCUGCAUCAGACAGAUCAAGAACAAGAAACUCUUGAACAGUUAGAAACGGUUCCUGUUGUCGAUGAAACAAUUUCGGAAGAAAUGCAGCUCAUUGACGAUAAUGGCAACAAAACAGCAGAUUCAGAGGUAAUUCCACCAAACCGUAAGAGCUUAGAGUUCGACAAUGUUGAAGAUCUCAUCGCAUACGGCGAACUGUACACUGAACAGUGCGAAAAAAUCUUGGAUAUGCUGAACAAUAAUCGCCGAGCACUAAGCGAAGAGGACGAGGAACAGGAAACGUCAAACGCAAACAAGGAAGAAUGUUCCAAAGUCGAGCAGUACAUGGCUUCAUUGACGAGUACGAUUCAACGAUUGAGUCUGAAGCUGUCGUCGAACGAAGCUACCGUAGGUCGCCAGUCUGCAGCAGCUUCAAACCUAGUCGACGUAUCCGUACAGACAGAGAAAAUCAAACGCCCAGCAGUCAACGCAAAAGCUCUGAACGAGAAAUAUAAGAAGCGUUUGUUGAGCUCUCUGGAAGCCGAGGCGCUUGAAAAAGAUUCAUCGGAUAGCGACAGCGGUUCAACUUCGUCGUCAAGCGAUGGAGACGAUAGGUCAAGCGACGUGGCAAACGAAGAAGCAUACGGCGACGACGAUGACGAUGAAGACGAGGCAGCGUUCGAGAGGAGGCAGAAUCGAAGGAAGACAAAGCGAUUGCGGGAAAAACUGGCCGAGGAGAAAGCUGCCUCAGAACAGGAGGAAUCGGACGAAGACAAUGUACAACCGAGUAAGAAAAGAAGUGCAAGGAGACUGGGAUCCACGGAUUCGUCAAUAUCGAAAGAGGCCAGCGUUGUACAGCCGACGGAUGAAGGGGAUGAAAUUCCUGUUAAAAAUGAACCCUACACCGAAAUGGACUCCGAACCGCAGAGCAUUGCCGCGCUGGAGACUAUGGAUGAUAAUAAUGACGAGACCUCUACGACCAUUAAGCACGAAUCAUCGCUUGAAAUUGCACAGUCCGAAGACAAAAUCGAACAGGCAGACGACAAUGACGAUUCCAGCAAGGAGGAGAACGAAGAUGUUGGUGCCGAUGAUCAGUCGGACAGUGGUUUACUUAACGAUGUCCUAGGAGAGGUGGACGAUAUUUUGCUGGAUGUAAAUGACAUUCUCCCUGCUGCGGAAGGCGUCGUGCAAGAUUAUCUGGUUGAAGAGGAGGUAAGGACUGAGCAAACAGAAGAGCAUAAGGAGCAGGAACGCGAUGGCGAUAUCAAGAGAAAGGCAAAGCGAAGCGGGAAAAAGAUUGACAGCGAAGAGGAAGCUGAAUCGGGUUCCGAACAGGAAGAGGGAGAAAAGAGUAAAGCACCUGAGGAUAUGACGGAAUCCGAACUGGAAGAGUAUUAUGAUAAUUUGCGGGAUAAGGAAAUCGACAAGCUGUGUAACCUGACAAACCUGGAAGUGGCGAGAAAUGCAUAUCCACAAAAGCCUCAGGAGGUCAAAAAGAAACCGGUGUUGGUUAAGAAAAAGGAACGUGUUAUGGAUGACAUCUUGAACAACGUGGAGUUGAACCACGAAUCAGAGGACAGUGAAAGUGAUACGGAGAUUGUGGAGACUGAAGAACAGUUCCUGCAGAAGUGUAACGAAAACAUGAAAAAUCAGUUGCUCAAUCAGCUCAGCAGUAGCGACACGGAUCAUGAUUCCGGAAGCGAGGACAGCGCGGCAGAAGCGCUCAAGCAAGAUGAAAACUACGAUUCGGAUGAUUCGGCUGGCUCCAUUUUGAUGGAGAAGUUCCUGAAGAGCCUGGAUAAAGAUCACGAGUUGAGUGGGGAAGACGAAGCUCAGAAUGACGACAGUAAAGUGAAUGAAGAUGCAGACUCUUCCACGCUAACCGAGGAGGUUGAUAUGGAUAAGACCAAGAAGAGCGAAAAAGAUUUCAUCGACGAUUCCGACAUGCCGGAGGCCGAUAACGAAGAAGCCAUGGAAAAAAUGAAAAGCCAACUCAAAAGUGGGGAGCGUAAGAAGGUGGACUCGGCGGUCAAGGAAAAGUCAACAGGUGCCAGUAAAACAGCUACGAUCGAUCCAAUCGACAAGCAGUUGUUCAGCAAGAAGAUGUUCCGAGAAGUGGACGAAACCCUCCGAAAAGAUCGCGAGCAAGACAUAUUUAGCAAGGAGAAUGGUUCCCUUGCAGAUCGCUCCGAUCAAAUCGGUAGUGAUGAUUCGGACGUGGAACUUUUGGAUGUAUCCAUGUUCCAACCGAAACGCAAACUAAAGGAGAAGAAGUUGGAGGAUUUCGACUUCAGUGCCACUGCUAAGCGUACUGCACCGCAAGCGAAAAAGCCAAGUGCAAAGGACGGUGACUGUAUCAGUCUGAGCUCGGAGAGUGAAGCAGAAGUGGAGGAAACUAACGAGACUGAUGAGAAGGAGAAUAAACAGCGCAAGAUUCGUACGAUGUUGACGCAGGAUCAGUUGGCGGAUGAAACGAAGAGCGCUCAAAAGGAUGAGGAAAUUCGAAUUUCUCGGUUGAAGAAAAAGAACGAGAAUUUGAAGAAAUUCUUAACCACGUUCAAGCCAGGAUCGGAGGAGAGUCAUCUCGUGCUGGACUACGACGCUAAAGUGGGAAAAGCGAUCUGCGUCCAUCCAGAUAUUGUGAAACUUUUGAAGCCACAUCAGAAAGAGGGCGUUCGAUUCAUGUACGAUAAUACUUACGGAAGCGUGGAAUACAUUAACAAGAACCCAGGAUCUGGCUGCAUUCUAGCUCACUGCAUGGGUCUGGGCAAAACACUUCAGUUGAUCACACUGUUGCAUACGGUGAUGCGUUAUCCUCAACUGAAAACGAAACGGGUGCUUGUAAUCUGCCCAAAAAGUACCGUUAUGAACUGGAGCGACGAAAUACAGCACUGGCUGGGAGCGCUCAAAAGUGGUCCUCGCCUGAAGGUGUUCUAUUUCCCGGAUAACAGCGACGUCAACGACAAGUUGAAGGUUCUCAGCGAUUGGUACUCUUCGACGGCGAACCGUUGCGGUUGUAUGCUAAUCGGGUACGAAGCCUUCCGGAUCUUGGUGAACUACGAGAAGCGCAAGCGUACCCCGUCCAACAUCCUCGCUGCAAAGGCUGCCUUCGUGAAGAAAAAGGUGGAUGAAUACCUGCUCAAUCCGGGUGCAGAUCUCGUCAUCUGCGACGAAGGUCAUCAGAUCAAAAACAAGAAAUCGGCCAUCAGUGGGGCUGUGUCCCAGAUCAAAACCAAGCGACGGAUCGUCCUGACGGGAACGCCCAUCCAGAACAACUUGAAGGAAUAUUAUUGCAUGGUAAACUUCAUUAAGCCAUCAUUCCUGGGAAGCGAUCGGGAGUUCGCCAACUUGUACGCCAACCCCAUCAAAAACGGUCAACACAAGGAUUCGGACAGCCGGGCGAUCAAAAUCAUGAAACAGAGGUCGUACGUUUUGCACAACAAGCUGUCCAGGUUUGUUCAGCGGAGAGAGGCGGGUGUACUGAAGGAAUUCCUACCGGAAAAGUUUGAGUAUGUGUUGUUCGUUCCACUAACGCCUGUACAAGAAAAAAUGUACGAAGUGUUCCUUCAGAUGAACGAAUAUACAACGCCUGCCGGGGAACCCAUCAGCGAUGCUGCCAAAGGUAAAAAGUUCAAACUGCUCGCCGAUUACACGUCGCUCAGAAAGAUCUGGACGCAUCCCAAGGUAUUGGAAAAGGCGUGGGAAACGGCCGUGCAGGAGAAAAACAAACGGGACGCCCGGUUUCGCCUGACUUCGACACCGGAUUCAGACGACGAUCGGCCGGACGAUUACAACGACAUCUCGUCGGGUGCCCUCUCCGUGACGAACGACUGGUGGCGCAAACACUUGGAGGCAAACGAUCUGGAAUCGUUGUACCCCAGUGGCAAGCUGCGGAUAAUGUUCGAGAUUUUGAAGCAGUGCCAGGAGCGUGGCGAGAAGUGUUUGAUAUUCUCGGCCUUUGUGGCGGUGCUGAAUGUGGUGGAGCACUUCAUGACCAAGAUACACAACCGGGAGAAGGAAUCGAUGGCCGAUGUGUAUGGGUACAGUACGUUCAAAGGUCCGUGGGAACCCGGUAAGGAUUACUACCGUCUGGACGGGAAAACGCAGAAGAAUCUCCGCCAUCGCAUGAUUACGUCGUUCAACGAUCCGUCGAAUAAGCGGACAAAGUGUUUCCUGAUUUCGGCGAAGGCCGGAGGGCAGGGUAUUAAUCUGAUCGGAGCGAACCGCGUUAUCAUUUUGGACACAUCUUGGAAUCCCUCCAAUGAUCAGCAGAAUAUUUUCCGGAUAUUCAGAUUGGGUCAGAAGAAGAAGUGCUUCGUGUACCGGUUGCUGGCCAUGGGAACCAUGGAGGAGAAAGUGUAUUCACGAUCGGUGACGAAACAAGCAAUGAGUUUCCGGGUGGUGGACGAGCAGCAGAUCGAUAGGCAUUACAGUUUCUCGGAACUGGCGGAGCUGUACAAUCUUUCGAAGGUUGCGGAUCAAGUGAGAGAGGUGCCGAUUCUACCGGCGGAUGAUGUACUUGCAUCUUUGCUUCGGAACCAUCCCGAUUGUGUAUUCAAGUAUCAUGAGCAUGACUCUCUGCUGGAAAAUAAGCCUGAGCAAGAUCUAAGUGAGGAGGACAAACGAGAGGCUUGGGCGGCUUACGAACGUGAAAUCCAGAACAACGAAAAGCCAUCCUACCUGGGCAACAUGAACAUGAUGCCAAAUUUCAUGAGUUCUAUGUUUCCAGGAGGAACUGGAGCUGGAAUUGGACCGUACCCGCCACUUAGCUAUUCGGGUCUGUCGGGGACGUUAGCCGACAUGUACCGAAGCGACUUCGGAUACGGUUCCGGGAUGAAUAGGUUGAUGUAUCCCUAUGGGAACCAACCGUAUCCGAUGGUGAACGACCCAAGCUACUCGUCAAUCAUGGGAAAAUCUCCAUAUCAGAACUUCGCUCUACCUUCUGCUUCCUCGACCAGUUUACCGGACUUUGCAUUGCCAGGAGCAAUGAACGGGCAAGGAUCGAGUGGAACCACCAAUUAUAACUCGACCGUAGCGCUCCAAAGUUUGCUAGAUCUGUACGCCAAAUCGAUGUCCAGUGCAAUGAGUUCCAGUACAAUUACAACCGCAACGGCCACAUCCGUUUCUCCGAGUACGUCAACCACAUCGGCGGGAGUCUCAGCUUACAACGCACUGAGUUCCUUGAAGCAGUUCAACGGUUUCCCACCUGGAGGAUCCAUUCCAACACCUCAUUCAUCGCCUCAGUUAGGCCCACCGAAAACCCCCUCUCAAAGCCCUGGUAGCGCCACUGGAAACGCUGCCCUAAUCAACAUGCUCAAUGAACAACCCAUGCCGAUGUCAUCGGCUGCCUCUUCUGGACCGUUCUCGCAUCUAAAGACUCCGUUACCUGCUCCUUCAGUGCAUAUUCCACGGAGUAUGCCCAGUGCGUUGACAAGCACCAGCUCCACUACCUCCUCGCCAGUAUUAUCCACUUCUGCGGCCAUAACGACAUCCUCAUUGACUCCCACACUCAACGUUCCCCAGCCAUCAUCGCGGCUCAAUCUCCACAAGCCAUCAGACAGAUCUAAAGCAAACCAAAACGCCCAGCCUAUCCCACUGACCACUACGGUUGUGGCCAGCGAUGACGACGACGUAGACGACGAUGGCAUUCCACGGCCGCACAUCAUCGUUCGGGAUCCCCUGUCCAUCAACAGUUCCAAAUCUCAGCAGGAACAGGACAAAAUCGUCAAGAAGAUCAACAUGGGCAUAGUCUAUCCGGAAGAGAAGAAGAAGGAUCAAUCCAAGGACAUUAUGCUGAGUGCAAAGAGCAUAACGACUUUGGCCAAACCGACCAUAGCCGUUAAGAAUGUGGAAAGCAUGAAAGCCAUUCCGACCGCUUCAACUGGAGGUAAAACAUCUUCUCCGGUAUCGGUCAUGUCUCGGGUGUCAUCCUCUGGCAUUAAGCCAAUACGAGGAUCUCCGGUUCAGCCAAGUUCUCUAGUCGCCAACCCGAAACCGCAACCUUCCAGGCAGCUUCAGCAGCAAUCCCAGCAUCCCCUCGCCCGUACUCUACUGUCCGGGUCAUCUCCAACUCUCAGCAAUAAGCAGCAAUCUCCUCACCCAAGGCAGCAAGUUCCGGUAAUAACGAGCGCCAAGUCAUUGCAGCUGAGCUCGCCGAAUCUGACGGCAGGAACAAGCACACAGUCGUCGAGAGCGUCUCCUUCGUCCAACGCUUCUCCUGGUACAACGAACUCCAAUAUGCCCAGAGGAGCGAUAGCUGCUCAACAGCUACGAGAACUGCAACAACGGAUGAGUCUGAACAGUUCUAAUAGCAGCAACAGCAGUCCCAGUAGUAAUAAUCCCAACCACCUGGUCGUGGCCAAAACCAAGAAGGCAGGUACCCUACCAAUCCCGGCAAACCAACGACAAGCGAGCUCAAAGCCGUCACCUGGAGCUCAUCCGGUAGGAAUCUUCGCAUCUCCAGCUGCUACGCUUCUGGCCAAUCAGAAACAGAAUAAGCCACAACCUGGCAAUAGUAGUCCCGCUGUGGUUGGCCGUGGGCCAAGCAAGUCAUCCCUGUCUGACAGUGUCAGCAUAACGAAAAUCACCAGCGCCGGUCAGCGGAUAGCCAUGACCAGUCCAUCGUUGCUAAGCUCGUCAUCAUCCGCUGCGAACACUACCGCCAGCUCAACCAUGUCCAUGAAUCCCUCGGCUCUGGGUGCGAGUCUGGGUCGGAAGCAAGACCUGGUGAUAACGAAAACGACGCCCGGUUCUGCAACCGUGCGGAAGGUGCUCCCCGGACCCAAUAUGAUCGUGAAGGCACACAGCGGACUACCGAACGCGACCGCCAAGCGUAAUUUUCCCACUAUGUCACCUACGAUGAAGUCUUCGGGGGCGGCCCAGUUGAUGCAAAGCAUAUCGAACGCCACGUCCUCCGGUGGAACAGGAACCAGCUUACCGGGUGGGCUUACCACCACCAAUAGCAUAACCGUGCGGAAGCGAAAAGCUCCGGAACCGAACCUGAUCGACAGUCUCAAGGCGAAGAACAGUUCGAUCACGAUUAGUGAAGUUCGCUCGGCUUAUCAACCGCCGGCGCCCAAAAAGCCCCAUCAGGGUCUUCCGGUGCAAGCGCAAAAACGGUUUGGCAGCGGGAUAACGAUAACACCCCGAAAGCCCACGCCUCAACAGCAGCCGCAGAACAUCCUUGAGGUUGUGGAAAUUGAAUGAGUUCGACAGCAAAUAGCCGGCAAUCAGUGAUUGAAGGACAAUUUCUAUGCCAGGCAGUGAACGAUCUAGCGUGGAUAUCGAUCAGUGUUCUAGCCAUGUUUUUUUUUUGCAAAUACAGGUUUAUAUUUGUUUAAAUAUGUUUAGUUCAAGUUUCUGAAUGUAUACCUACCAUACAGCGCAUAAUGAGAUAACGUGCGAAAGGAACAGAGCGGAACGGACUGACUGUACAGGAUAUAUGAAACUCGCGACAAAACCAAAAGUCAACCUAAACACACUACUGUAUAGUUACUAUAAUAGCAGAGAGAGAGAAGAUUUCUGUACGUGUUAUUUUAGGAUUUUAAAGAAGGCUUUACACUUUGCACAAGAUUGAGGACAACGAGUUGAUAUUGUUCGCCUAUUUUUUUUUUUUUUUUUUUUGAUCAGCCGAUAUAGUCGAUUUGUACAAUGGGUAUUUUGGUUAGACAGUAAAUCUACAAUGGCAGUUUCGGUUUUGUAAAUAUAAUUACAUAUAUAUAAUCUAUAAUAAAUUAUUUAUUUACUCUGGACAUAUUAAACAUAGACCUAGUAUUUUAUCAAUCAGAUGAAAAGAAACUAAUAGAACAGCAGCAGUACGUGAAACUCAGUAGAAUUCAGCCCUCUGCUUGUUGUUCCGCUCUCAGUAUCGAGACUCUUAAUUGGUACGUGUACAUAGCAGUUACCUUUUCAAUGGCAAUAAUCCACUAUGAUGUACAUUUUGUUAAUAGCAUUUGUGAUUUUACACAAACCAUAACAUAAUAAACUUAAUAAUUUAUCUUGUGAUACGUAGCUAAA